AGAAAGGUUUCCGAGGACACACUACGAUCUGAAUUCCCAGCUGAUACAAGAGAUGGUCAGGAAGCCGGUGGUGUCCGCCGUCUCCAACGGAGGCUACCUGGCCGGGAGCGCGAGCGGGCAGCUGCCGGCCCCGGGCGGCCAGGAGCCCCCGGGGCCGCAGAAGGUGGUGCUGAAGCAGAAGAUCACGCUGCUGCGCGGCGUGUCCAUCAUCAUCGGCACCAUCAUCGGGGCCGGCAUCUUCAUCUCGCCCAAGGGCGUGCUGCAGAACACGGGCAGCGUGGGCAUGUCCCUGCUGGUCUGGUCCCUCUGCGGGGUCCUGUCGCUGUUCGGUGCCUUGUCCUAUGCGGAACUGGGAACAAGUAUAAAGAAAUCUGGUGGCCAUUACACCUACAUCCUGGAAGUCUUUGGCCCCCUACCAGCUUUUGUCCGCGUGUGGGUGGAACUACUCAUAAUACGCCCUGCAGCCACUGCUGUGAUAUCAUUGGCAUUUGGACGCUACAUUCUGGAGCCAUUUUUUGUUCAGUGUGAAAUUCCUGAACUUGCAGUCAAGCUCAUUACAGCUGUGGGCAUAACGGUGGUGAUGGUCCUGAACAGCAUGAGCGUCAGCUGGAGCGCCCGGAUCCAGAUCUUCCUGACCUUCUGCAAGCUCACGGCAAUCCUGAUAAUUAUAGUCCCUGGAGUCAUGCAGCUAAUUAAAGGGCAAACACAACACUUCAAAGAUGCCUUUUUGGGAAGAGACGCGAGCCUGAUGGGGUUGCCGCUGGCAUUUUAUUAUGGGAUGUAUGCGUACGCAGGCUGGUUUUAUCUCAACUUUGUUACUGAAGAAGUGGAUAAUCCUGAAAAAACCAUCCCCCUGGCCAUCUGCAUCUCCAUGGCCAUCGUCACGGUGGGCUAUGUGCUCACCAACGUGGCCUACUUCACCACCAUCAGCGCUGAGGAGAUGUUGCUGUCCAAAGCCGUGGCCGUGACCUUUUCCGAGAGGCUCCUGGGAAAUUUCUCAUUAGCUGUUCCCAUCUUUGUGGCCCUGUCCUGCUUCGGCUCCAUGAACGGCGGGGUGUUUGCUGUCUCCAGGUUGUUCUAUGUGGCGUCUCGAGAGGGUCACCUUCCGGAAAUCCUCUCCAUGAUUCAUGUCCGCAAGCACACUCCCCUCCCAGCUGUCAUCGUCCUGCACCCCUUAACGAUGAUAAUGCUCUUCUCGGGGGACCUCUACAGCCUCCUGAACUUCCUCAGUUUCGCCAGGUGGCUUUUUAUUGGGCUGGCAGUGGCCGGGCUGAUUUAUCUUCGAUACAAACGCCCAGAUAUGCAUCGUCCUUUCAAGGUGCCGCUCUUCAUCCCGGCCUUGUUCUCCUUCACGUGCCUCUUCAUGGUGGUGCUGUCCCUGUACUCGGACCCGUUUAGCACUGGUGUGGGCUUCGCCAUCACCCUGACCGGGGUCCCUGCGUACUAUCUCUUCAUCAUCUGGGACAAGAAGCCCACAUGGUUCAGAAGAAUAUCAGACAAAAUAACCAGAACAUUACAAAUAAUACUGGAAGUUGUACCAGAAGAAGAUUGUCAUAAAUUAUGAAUUAGUGCAUUCAGAAUCUUGGCCCUCUGUCCUUGGCCUUGUUUCUGCCCAACAGGUAGAAACACAAUUUGGAUCUCCACUUCAUUUUCUGAAAAUCCAGAGGAUUGAAACUUUGGUGAUGGACUAAAGGAGUCCAUUGUUUCUGUUCAUCUCUUUUAGUGUAUUCAAGCUGGUUCUAAGAAACGUAGUCAUAACUCCAUGCAGCUGCGGGAGCUGAGGCGUGGUUGGCUCAUGAGUUGACAAGGCUCUUGCGUCGCCCGGGCCUGGCUGGUGGGCGAGGGAGUCAGGCUGUGGUGUGUUCAGGCUGUCAGUGGCCAUUUUCU